AGAAGAGUAGUGGAGAGUAGAGAGAAGUGAGUGAAGUGAAGAAGAAGGACGAGGAGGUACCAUAGUGAGGGGAAGUGAGAAGAUGGGGCCAGUCGCCUACUUCAGCCUCUGCCUCCUCGGCUGCCUGAUCUUUAACCCCUCGCAGGCAGCCCCCCCUCUCUCAGCAGGGGCACAGGCUAUGUCGUGUCCCACAGGCUGGUUCUCCUUCCAUGACAGCUGCUAUCGAUUCUUCCCCCAAGAGAAAAACUGGAUGGAGGCUGAGGUUCAUUGCCAGCACCAGAGGCACGGGGCCCAUCUUGCCUCCAUUCAGAGUCCUGGAGAAAAUAAAAUGCUGGCCCAUUACAUCAAGCAGUACCACAAAAAGAACCGCGCCGUCUGGAUCGGACUCUCAGACCCCCAUGGGGAUCAACACUGGAAAUGGUCAGAUAAUUCCAUGCUCGGUUUCACAGCUUGGGAGAAGGGGCAACCCAAUAAUUUGAAACCAGAGGAGCACUGCGCAGGGUCAUCUCCCGAUUCAGGUUUUCAGAAAUGGCACGAUUAUCCCUGUGAAGAGAGAUUCACUUUCGUUUGUGAGCACAAAGCCUAGGGGAGGCAGCUCGCCUGGACCAGAGGGCUCCCAGUACCUGGGCUGUGAGUGAAUCGUGUCCCUCCGGCUCCCCAGGGAGACCAGAUCCUGUGUCCCAGGUUGCAAAGUCCCUUCUGCAAAGCAUCGCUGAGUUACGCUGUGUCACUCCCGCUCUGCUCUGCCCCCUUCUCUCCCUGUGGCACCCACGCUCUGCUCUUCUCAGCCAUCUCAGCACAGUGCAGUGAUAAUAAACUUUCCCUCCAGCAUUCAGCUCA